AUUUCUCCACUUGGUGGCGUUUCUUUGCCUGGGGCAGGCAGAUUGAUCGAACUGAGUUAACCGACAGAGCAGAGUAGUAGUAUCAAAGCACUGUGUGUAUGUUUGUUUACAUCUAAAGAUUAGAUUGGAUGCAGAGAGUGAGAGAAUAUGAAAGUGGGACGAAUUGACAUUUUGCUGAUGCUUGCUGUUUCAUCCGUUGCCAGUUUGUUUUGUUCGUUUUAUUUUUACAAACAAACCAAAGACAUAAAACGGAAUCUAAGAUUGCAACACCCGAUAUCUACAACUGAAGCAGGGUUCCAACUUAAACCAACAACCGCCAAACCGAUGUUUGAACAAUUCACUUACAUAUAUGAACCUCGUAAAUUAUUAUUGGAUAUUUGCCACAAGGAUAAUUGCACAACCAGCAAAGAACACAAAUGGCGAAUGUUAAUGUUCGUGAAGUCCAGUGCUGGCAACACUCGUCGUCGAGAAUUGCUGCGGAAAACCUGGGCGUCAUUGAGCCGAGUUUGUGGUGGUUGGUUCGACACCGUGUUUGUGGUUGGCGCUACAACGGUGGGGAAGCUGAGGCAGUUUAUACAUGAGGAGCAUGAGAGGUAUGGGGAUAUACUGCAGUAUAAUGGAUCAGACGCUUACCGCGAUAUAGCAGCGAAGACUUUGGCGGGCAUGCACUGGGCAUCAAAGUAUUUAAACCGAACCGAUUUCUAUUCAUCUGUUGACGAUGAUUUUAUGAUUGACAUGACUAACUUGCAUAGGACGGUUGAAUAUUAUAUUAACAAAACAAUAACAAAGGAUUGGCCGGAGUUUCCAAUCAUCUGUGGGUUUAUACUUGGCCAAUCUGAGCUACCAAUACGAAACACAAGGUCAAAGUGGCGCAUGGAAAAGAAUAAAUACAAAUGGCCAAGUUAUCCCCCGUAUUGCCAUGGAGGUUUAUACACCACAAGUGUCAAUGUCAUCCAGCAGUUGUAUAAGGAGUCACAGACAAUGGAACUUUUCACUUUAGAUGAUGUUUGGAUAACCGGUAUAUUACGACGUCGCAUAGGAAUGCCAGAUGAAAUGGUUUUGCGGCCGGAAAGAUAUUACGGUUCCCAUGAACCAGGGGCGGACGAAAAGACGAAGAUCGACGACUUUUAUAAAAUGUUAUCAAUAUUAGGAACUGAAAACACGUGUCGAUGUUUCGCUGAUGAAAUAGUUGGGUGACCAAUGCAAUGCGGACACUUUUACUUAAGCUCCCUCACAUUGAUAAACACCAAACAAUUUUUACUUCAGUUUUAUAUUUGAUGUUUAACUCUUAUGCACAAUAUUUUAUUAACUGUAAGACGCGCCAUGUUUAUUCACAUUUACAAUGUCACGUGGUGCCAUCAUGUGAUGUUGCAUACACUCGUACACUGCCGUCUGCAGAUGCU